UCUUCUCCACGACCACGAGCAUUUUUUUUUCCAAACUCUUAAGAGGAAAAAGAAUCACGCGCUCUGCUUCGAUAUCGAAAUCGAAAUCGUGCGCUUCGGUGAUUGAUUUUGCCUUCGUUUCCGACUCUGUCUUCGGCUUGGAUUCUGUUUCGAAAACCCUACCAGAUCUGUAGUUGUUCGGUUUCAGGCCAUUUUCACCCGGGGAAUUUUGCUUCUGAAAAGAGGAUUCAGAUACUGUGGAAUUGCCAUAAUGGCUGAUCAAGCGGUCAAUCAAGGAACGUGUAGUAGCAAUGCUUCGGAGGACAACCCUGAUUCAACCCUUGAGCUUAACAUCAAGACUCUAGACUCUCAGACUUAUACUUUCAAAGCGAACAAGAAUAUGCUAGUUUCAUUGUUCAAGGAAAAAAUAGCGAAUGAGGUAGGUGUGCCAGUUGGUCAGCAACGACUCAUUUUCCGAGGAAGGGUGUUGAAAGAUGAUCAUCCACUUUCUGAAUAUCAUUUGGAAAACGGGCAUACAUUGCAUUUGGUGGUGAGGCAGUUGACAGAAACUCAACCCUCAUUUGGUGCUAGUUCUGGGGAAACAACUACAUAUGAUGGUAAUCAGGGAAAUGAUACUAAUGGUGGGGCACCCCGAAAUCGUGUUGGACAAAUUUCGCACAGUGUUGUUCUCGGGACCUUUAACGUUGGAGAUCAGGGUGGACCAGUUGUUCCAGAUAUCAGUCAGGUCAUUGGAGCUGUUCUAAAUUCUCUUGGAAUCGGCAACCAGCCUACAAAUACUAGUAAUGGGACACAGUCCUCUCUUUUUUCAAAUGUGUAUGGUCAGGCUCCUCCGACAAGUGUGUCCCAACCUGUUGGCAGCAAUGUUCUUCAGAGCCAGGAUGGGAAUAGUUCACAGUCUGGGCAAUCAUUUUCUGGACACCCGUUUCAAUCAUCACCACAGGUUGUUCAUAUACCUGUAACAGCAGCAACAGCAAUUCCUAUUCCUUCAAUUCAUGCGCCUAUUCCCGAUUCCCUGGAAACUCUUUUGGAGUUCAUCAAUCGAAUGGUGCAGGCCUUAUCACAAAAUGGCUAUCAGCCAGAUACUUCUGCAGCUAACUCUGGUGAUCAGCCAAGGACAGAACUACCUAGAAACAGACGAGGUCCAUCUACACCUGAAGCACUGUCUGUAGUCCUGAGGAAUGCCCAACAUUUACUCAACGAUCAAGCUAUUGCAGCUUUAUCUCAUAUUGCUGGACGUCUGGAGCGGGAGGGAGCCUCUUCAGAUUCUGCACUUAGGGGACAAAUUCAGACAGAGGCAACACAAGUAGGCCUUGCAAUGCAACACUUAGGUGCCCUUCUGCUAGAGCUUGGUCGCACUAUUCUGACAUUGCGAAUGGGAGAGUCUCCGGCGGAAUCUUAUCUGAAUGCUGGGCCUGCUGUUUAUAUAUCUCCGACAGGACCCAAUCCGAUAAUGGUUCAGCCCUUUCCUCUUCAAACCAACUCGCUUUUCAGUGGCACGACUGCCCAAUCAACCCCUGUGACCGUGGGAUCUCUUGGUAUAGGAACUGCCCCAAGACACAUCAACAUUCAUAUUCAUGCUGUUUCAGGCACAUCGCUUUCGCCGAUGGUGUCAGCAGUCGGAAACCGACAAAGCACUGGAGAUGAAGGACAAGGGGCCCCUGAGAACAGUACCGGUUCAGCUGCCACAGGUUCUGUUCGGGUUCUCCCAGUGAGAAAUGUUGUUGCAGCUGCUGUUCCUCCACGUCCUACCAGCGGCAUUGCUGUUUCUACUGCACCACAAACCCGUUUAGCUAAUUUGCAGGCACCUGAUUCCAGUUCUAUAUCUUCUAUUGUUUCAGAAAUUAAUUCACGGCUCAGAGAUGCUGUAAACAAUAGGCAAGCAAGAAACCCUGGUGCACCUGGAACAGAAUCUUCAGAAGUUCAUGUGCCCGGCGACCUUGAUGUUGUCAACAACUCUGCAGCUACUGGCACCGCAGAGGAACUUAGUGGCUCACCACCAGAGAGGAGCGAGUUGACUCCUCAAAGCGAAUGCAAGAAAGAAGGUGGCACUGAAGCUUUGGGGCGUCCAACGAGUUCUAAAGGAGAACCCAUGAGCAAUAAUGCAGGUAAUUCUGAGGAUGUUAAAUCCUCCAAGGACAAGGCUAAUUCAGGACCACCUGCCUCAUCAAUUCCUCUUGGUUUGGGGCUUGGCAGUUUGGAACGCAAGAAACGGAGCAAGCAGCCCAAACCAUCGGUUAAGGACGAAGAUACCAAUCCUGGUAGCAGUGUCCAACAGCCUUUAAAAUCUCUCUUUUCCGGCAGUUCUUCCUCGGAAGGUUCAGACAAUCCUGUGGAUGUUUCAACUGCAUUGGACGGAUUGCUAGGAGGGAUAUCACGCCAGACUGGUGUCGGUUCUCCAAAUAUCUUGAGAAACAUGAUGCAGCAGUUGACCUCGAACCCACAGAUAAUGAACACGGUCCAACAAAUCGCCCGGCAGGUGGAUGGCCGAGAGAUUGAGAACAUUAUGUCUGGUGAAGCUCAAGGCCUCGAUUUCUCUAGAAUCGUUCAGCAGAUGAUGCCUCUAGUUUCCCGCGCUUUUAGCCAAGGUGGUCCGACUCAGCCUGCAUCAUCUCCACCACCACGUAGUGAGAUGACCGGCCUUGCGGAAAAUCCCAAUGAUGAACAAAUGUUUCAGGUAAAUGUUGAUCCCGUGGCGCAAGUGAUCGAACAAUCCAAUUCACCAGGGGAUGUUUUCCGUACAAUUGUAGAAAGUGCGGUGCAGAUUCCCGUUGGCGACAGUACCCACGAAGACAUGAUGAACGAGCUCUGUGGCGACGAAGGUCUUGCUCAUGAAUAUGCGGAACUGCUUCGGCGUGAUAUUCAAAGCCGAUUUCAAGGUGAUUUAGGUCCGCAAGGAAACACUUAAAAAAGCUUCCUUUUCUCACCGGGCGAAUCCAGUAUACCUUUUUUUGGUGAUAAGCUUCUGACAAUAUUGUGGGCUGUGUGCAAGAAUUAGGGUUGGGGAAUUCGAUUAUAUUAAAAUCCAUGAAGUGAACGGGGAAGAAAAGUUCGAAUUCGGGAUUUUCUUUCUUUUAGAUCGGAACACAUGCUAUAUCUUGAACAAAGCUAAAGCUUUAGUUUUCAUACAUCAGCUAAUUCCAAAUCAACUCGAGUUCGGUUUUGGUGAAAAUUUAUAUAGCUAGGGAUGUUCGGUUUC